CGUUUCGUCAAUCGUCCGUCAUUUUGUUGUUUGUCAAAUGUUAACCGCUAACCACUUUGUUUAUACUUUCAACUCUGGUGGAAUUCUCUAAGAAAGACGUCGUAUUUGUAAGCUUUUUAUUGUGUUUUAUUAGUAUCCUAGGUGUAUUGGAAUACAACACUUCCAAGCAUAUAUAUCGAUUAAUUUACUUAACAGCACGAGAAUGGCUAUCAGAACGUACGGUGAUAAACCCAUUAGUUUUCAAAUAGAAGAAAAUGGAGAGUACUACUGUAUUGGAUCCGAAGUUGGUAAUUAUUUGCGAUUGUUUCGUGGUUCUUUAUACAAGCGCUACCCAGGAAUGUACCGAAGAACCAUCACAAAUGAUGAAAGAAAGCGUCUUAUUGACCUAGGUUUAAGUGCACAUUGCCUAGCUUCCAGUGUUUCUCUUUUGAGAGCCUCUGAAGUUGAAGACAUUAUUGAUGGUAAUGAUGAGAAAUAUAAGGCAGUUUCCGUUCAUUCCACGGAAACCCCGACUCCUCGGGAAGGCAAAGCCAAGAAAAGCAUGCCUUGGGUACCAUCACUGCCCAAUAGCUCUCAUUUGGAUGCUGUCCCUCAAGCAACACCAAUCAAUAGAAAUCGAGUAAAUAAUAAGAAGAUAAGAACUUUUCCUUUAUGCUUUGAUGAUACUGACCCAAUUACAAAUCAUGAAAAUGCAGCACAACCAGAGACAUUGGUUCCAAUCCGUUUAGAUAUGGAAAUAGAAGGUCAGAAGCUUAGGGACACUUUUACUUGGAACAAAAAUGAAACCCUCAUCACUCCAGAGCAGUUCGCAGAAGUUCUGUGUGAUGAUUUGGAUCUGAAUCCAUUAACAUUUGUGCCCGCAAUCGCUCAGGCUAUAAGGCAACAAGUUGAUGCCUUUCCUACAGAUAAUAUACUGGAUGAACAAACUGAUCAGAGGGUAAUAAUAAAACUAAAUAUUCAUGUUGGAAACACUUCUCUUGUGGACCAAGUUGAAUGGGACAUGAGUGAAAAAGAAAACAGCCCUGAAGCAUUCGCAAUGAAACUGUGUGCAGAGUUAGGACUUGGUGGAGAAUUUGUAACAGCCAUUGCUUAUUCUAUACGUGGACAACUGAGUUGGCAUCAGAGAACGUAUGCUUUCAGUGAAGCUCCUUUGCCUAUUGUUGAAGUACCGUUCAGGCCGCCAUCUGAAUCUGACCAGUGGUCGCCAUUCUUGGAAACAUUAACAGAUGCAGAAAUGGAGAAGAAAAUUAGAGAUCAAGACAGAAACACAAGGCGAAUGAGGCGACUUGCCAAUACAACACCUGGGUGUCAAGGUCGGCCAGUUUAAGGAUCUGUCAGCCUAGAGCAAGAGAAUAACGGCUUUGGUAACCUCGCUUUUGGUAAUUUGAAAAUUGAUCUCGACUGAAUGCUCGAUAGUAUCUAUGUAGUUAUUUCCGUUGUGCAUGUUAUUAAAGUAAACACACUUGAUGUUGUAAAUUUGUCAUGUUUCUAUAAAAAGGUAGCCUAAUAAAAUUGUAGUUUUAUAUUUAACAAAUUAAAUAUUAAUACAGGCUAUUCAAAGUUUUGCUAUUUUGCUGUUUUCAUGAAUAUUUGUUUGAGUAAACAAAUUUAAAACUGAUUCAUCCCGGGUAGGUUCAUUUUUUGUAUUGAAUAAAAAGAUUCUCUUGUA